UCUAGUAAAAGCAAUAAACGUAACCUUCGGUGUAUGUGUUUUGCUUGAAUUCCAUCGAUAUUACUUUGUAUACGUGGAAUUAAUAUUUAUUUCUUCUCUAUGAGAAUAAUUAUUUCGUUUAAAUAAAAAAGAAAAAUGUCCGAAUCAGAAGGAAGUAAUUUUUCCGAUAACGAAAGUGAUCGUGGCGGUGGAGGUAGUGAAAGCGAUCAAGAAGAAAAUCGUAGCGUUUCGCGAAGUAGAAGCCCUUCCAGAUCUCCUUCGAGAAGUCCAUCUAGAUCUCGAUCACGUUCUAGAUCAGGAUCAGGAUCAGAUGAUGGAGAUGCGAAAGCUGACGAAGCUGAAGAAGUUAGAUCUGGCGACGAAGAAGUGGUGGAACCUGAAGAAGAACCAGAAGGCGAAGAUCUGGAUGGCAGUAGCGAAUAUGACGAAGAGGAAGAGGAAGAAGACGAUGAUAGACCUAGAAAGAAAAAGAAAAAAGAUAGAUUCGGUGGAUUUAUCAUUGAUGAAGCUGAAGUAGAUGACGAAGUUGAAGACGAUGAAGAAUGGGAAGAAGGAGCUCAAGAAAUUGGUAUUGUAGGGAACGAAGUUGAUGAAUUAGGACCUACCGCAAGAGAAAUUGAAGGAAGACGUAGAGGCACUAAUCUUUGGGAUUCACAAAAAGAAGAUGAAAUAGAAGAAUAUUUGAGGAAAAAGUAUGCGGAUGAGUCUGCAGCUGCUCGUCACUUUGGCGAUGGAGGUGAAGAGAUGAGCGAUGAAAUAACGCAACAAACUUUACUACCCGGAGUUAAAGAUCCAAAUCUUUGGAUGAUAAAAUGUCGUAUUGGAGAAGAAAGAGCAACCGUACUUUUAUUGAUGCGGAAGUUUAUUACGUAUCAAUUCUCUGGAGAACCACUCCAAAUUAAAUCGGUUGUUGUACCUGAAGGUGUGAAAGGAUAUAUUUAUAUAGAAGCGUACAAACAACCGCACAUAAAGGCUGCUAUCGAAAAUGUAGGAAAUUUAAGAAUGGGUAUAUGGAAACAACAGAUGGUACCGAUUAAAGAAAUGACUGAUGUAUUAAGAGUCGUCAAAGAACAAACAGGAUUAAAAGCUAAACAAUGGGUCAGAUUAAAAAGAGGCAUUUAUAAAGACGAUAUAGCACAGGUGGAUUAUGUUGACUUAGCGCAGAAUCAAGUGCAUUUAAAACUACUGCCAAGAAUAGAUUAUACACGGCCACGUGGUGCUUUAAGAACGGCACAAAGCGAAUCCGAAGCUUUGAAAAGAAGAAAAAAGAGAAGACCGCCUGCAAAACCAUUUGAUCCUGAAGCAAUUCGAGCUAUCGGAGGAGAAGUUACCAGUGAUGGAGAUUUCUUAAUUUUCGAAGGCAAUAGAUAUAGUAGAAAAGGAUUCCUGUACAAGAAUUUCACAACGAGUGCUAUUAUAGCAGAAGGUGUUAAGCCAUCUCUUUCCGAAUUGGAAAGAUUUGAAGAAGCACCAGAAGGUGUCGAGAUAGAUUUAAGUGGAACUCCGGCAACAGGAGUACCAGCUGGGAAAGAGGAUCAAGCGGUGACACAUUCCUUCAGUAACGGGGAUAAUGUCGAAGUGUGCGAGGGUGAAUUGAUAAAUUUGCAAGGAAAGAUCGUUUCGAUAGAUGGAAAUAUGAUAAUGGUUAUGCCAAAACAUGAAGAGUUGAAGGAAGCAUUAGAAUUUCAAGCAACAGAAUUGAGAAAGUACUUUACAAUGGGCGAUCAUGUUAAAGUAGUAGCUGGACGAUACGAAGGUGACACAGGUUUAAUAGUUAGAGUGGAACAAAACAGAGUAGUUUUGUUUUCUGAUUUAUCGAUGCACGAAUUGGAAGUUUUACCAAGGGAUUUACAAUUAUGUUCGGAUAUGGCAACCGGUGUCGAUAGUUUAGGGCAAUUUCAAUGGGGUGAUUUAGUUCAACUCGAUGCCCAAACGGUCGGUGUUAUAGUUCGUUUAGAACGUGAAAAUUUUCAUGUUCUUUCUAUGCACGGUAAAGUGAUAGAAGCCAGACCGCAGGGUUUAACGAAACGUCGAGAGAAUAGAAACGCGGUGGCAUUGGAUUCUCAACAAAAUCCAAUACAAAAGAAAGAUAUUGUUAAAGUGGUGGACGGGCCACAUGCGGGUAGAGGAGGUGAAAUAAAACAUCUCUAUAGAAGUUUUGCAUUUCUACAUUCGCGAAUGUUCGUUGACAAUGGAGGUAUAUUCGUAUGUAAAACGAGACAUUUACAACUUUCCGGUGGAAACAAAUCGGCUAUUACGUCUAUGUCACCAAUCUCUGGUUUUAUGUCACCAAGAAUUGCCUCUCCGAUGCAUCCCAGUGGAGGUGGAAUGGGACGAGGAGGUGGUGGAGGUGGUAGAGGUAGAGGUCGCGGUGGAGGUACAAGAAGAGACAGAGAGUUGAUAGGAACGACUAUAAAAAUAACUGGUGGACCAUAUAAAGGAAACGUAGGCAUAGUUAAAGAUGCUACGGAAACUACAGCACGCGUGGAACUACACUCAACUUGUCAAACGAUAUCCGUCGACAGAUCACACAUAGCAAACGUUGGUGUACCUACAAAGGAUGGUGGUUUCAGUAGUUACAGUCGUACACCAGCGUAUACGGCCGGUGGACAAACACCAAUGUACGCGAGAGAUGGAUCCAAAACUCCUAUGCAUGGAUCUCAAACGCCUAUGUACGAAAAUGGUUCACGCACGCCUCAUUAUGGUUCUAUGACGCCAUCUCACGAUGGUUCAAGGACACCAGGUCAAUCAGGUGCUUGGGAUCCUACAAUCACCAAUACACCAGCGAGAACAAACGACUUCGAUGGUUAUGGCAUGGAAGAAGCUGGUUCACCGGGAUACGUAUCUGGUUAUCCUUCUACUGGUGGUCCGUUUACACCUCAAACACCUGGUACUAUGUAUGGAUCGGAACAAAGUUUCAGUACUUAUCAACCUAGUCCAAGUCCAGCGGGUAGUGCGACUGCUAGUCCAAGUCCUACGGGUUACGUUGCUACACCGUCACCAAGUGGAACUGGAUAUACAACGAGUCCUCAUGGAGCAUUCGCUACUCCAUCACCGAUGGGUUACAGUCCUAUGACACCAGGAGUAGCAGGAAGUCCUUAUAAUCCACAAACUCCUGGAGCAGGUUUAGAUAGCGGAGUUGGGUCUGGUAUGAUUGGUAACACUGAAUGGCACACUACAGAUAUUGAAGUACGUAUUCGUGGUUCUCAUCCUGAUCCAGCACUCGCAGGACAGCAAGGUGUUAUACGAGGAAUUUCUGCUGGAAUGUGUGCCGUGUUUCUACCCGUCGAAGACAGAGUUGUAAAUUUAGUUUGCGAUCAAUUGGAACCUGUAGUACCUUCGAGAGGGGAUCGAGUAAAAGUGAUAGUUGGCGAGGAACGAGAAGCUGUUGGAACUUUACUCUCUAUCGACAAUCAAGAAGGUGUCGUCAAAUUGAAUACCGACGAAGUCAAGAUGUUGCAUUUACGAUUUUUAUGUAAAAUGAAGUCGUCCUAAUCGACUAAAUUUACAUUUUCAUAAGUUAAAAAUCUGUAACACUUACUUCGAAAUAUUUUUCAUUAUUAUGAAUGUUUAACGAAUUAAACUCUAAUCUUUGCUAAGAUAUACUGUGAUAUGGAAUAAUUGACAAAUGUAUAAACAUAAGUAUUAUAUAUAUAUACACAUUAUAUAUAUGCAUGUGUGUAUAUAUAUAUAUAUAUAUAAAUAUAGAGGUUUCAUGUUCUUAAAUAGAUAUAGGUUCGUCAGUUUUUUCUUUUUUUUUUUUUUCUUUUUUUUUUUUCAUAUAUAUAUAAAUGUCUUCGAUUUCAAUCAAAAAUACGAAGUUCGUCGCGUUGAGAAAAAUGGACGACGAGAUCAUGACGGAAGGGCUAAAGGAAUCGAAAAGGCCAUUGAACGAUUUUUGAAAGAAGAAAUUUAAUUGAAAAGUUAUUUGAAAAAAAAAAAAAGGAAAAAAAAAAGUAAAAUCAUACGGGUAGACACUUGAGAUUU